UCUGCCAUGUGCUAUCAGCAUCAAGCGCAUAUAUCCAGUGAGCGUGCUUUUUGCUCAAUAAGUCGUGAUCAUAGCGCAUUGGAAAGAGUUUAAUCUUGGAACUGUGGAUUCUUUUUGUAAUUUUCUACGGUCGCAUCGUUUUAAAGCCGACGUUAAUGUGUUCCCUGGCCGCUGUUUUUGUGGCGAUAGCCGCCUUACUAUACAGUCCGUCUCUUUCAGCUACAUCAAGCCCUCAGUUGAACUACAGACCUAUAAUCGGAAUUUUAGCUCAAGAGAAUAUUCCUGGAGACCCUCAUGCACAGGGAUCCUCUUAUAUUGCUGCUUCGUAUGUGAAGUACCUGGAAUCAGCUGGGGCGAGAGUAGUGCCCAUCAGAAUAAACCGCACUUACGAUGAGUACGUCAAACUUUUCUACUCCAUAAACGGAUUGCUUCUUCCCGGCGGAGAUGUAGAUCUUCAGAAAUCUCAGUACAGCCGUUUGUCAAAGAUAUUCUAUGAUCUGGCAAUAAAGGCCAACGACGCCUCCGAUUACUUUCCCGUAUGGGGCACCUGUCAGGGGUUCCAGCAGCUCACAGUGCUGAGCAGCAGCAAAAACCUCCUGACUCUCACCAACACCACGGCUGUGGCCCUGCCUCUCAUGUUUACCCAAGCUGCCCAGAACAGCCGAAUGUUUAAGAGCUUCCCCAAGGACCUUCUGCAGUCGCUGUCAGAGCAGAACAUCACGGCCAACUUCCACAGCUGGAGCCUGUCAAUGCAGAAUUAUACCCGGAAUGUGAAAUUAAAAAGGUUCUACAAGGUUCUGUCAACCAAUACAGACGGGAAAAAGGAGUUCAUUUCCACAAUGGAAGCCUACCGCUACCCCUUCUAUGCCGUUCAGUGGCACCCAGAGAAAAGUCCCUUUGAAUGGAUAGAGAAGCCUGGGAUGGUGCACACUCCCACUGCUGUUAGGGUCUCCUUCUACACGGCCAGCUUCUUCGUCACCGAGACCAUGAAAAACCAGCACAGGUUCUCCAGCCCCAGCGAAGAGGAGAAGGCCCUUAUCUACAACUAUACUCCAGUCUUCAAGGGCCUCAACAGUAUUUUCAUGCAGAAUUAUUAUUUUGACUAAGUUGCAAAUGACCCCUUCACUUAGAUGGAAAUGAUGACUAACCACCAGUCUUAAAUUGCUUAUGUGUACAUUUAAAAAAAAAAAAAAAAAAGCUAUACAAAUAUAGUCAAAAUAUUUAAUUUAAUUAUGGAUUAAGUCAGUGCUUGUGUAUGGACCAUUGGACUUAUUUAUAAUAUUUUUCCCCUUUGUUUAAAAAUGGAAAUUUCCUGAGUCCAUUUCUGUUAACAAAAAAAACCCUGUUCGUUCAGCUUUUUUCUGUCUUUUCCUCAGUUUUUCAUUAAAUUAAUUAAUAUGACACAAGACCAUGAUAAAAAUGCAGUGUCAACUUGUUAGUGUCAAAUAAUAGGCUUGCGAUUAGUCAAGCUGAUGUAAAAAGAUUCAUUUUAGUACUAUAGCAUAAAACAAUGUGUGAGAUUAAUGUGUAAUUUAAAUAUGCUUCUAAGUAUAUUCAGUGAAAUCGAAGUUUAACACAAAGUAUAUUAAUAACAAAAAACGUGCCGUUAUAAGAAUGAUCACUUUACAGAGUAGGUCAGAAAUGAGAUUCUCUUAACUGUGUGUUUAGUGUUUAGUCUUAACUUUAUGAAACAAUCACAGACUCAAACUCCUGGUGUACAUAAUAAAAUGCUGAACUGCCAA